AUGAAACAAGGCAAAAAAGAGAAGCAAAGGGCCAAGGAAAGGGAUGCCAAGGCCGUCGGGGAUGAAAUUGUUUCCGCCUUGCGAACUCUUGCAGAACAAACCGCCAAGGCAGAAGAGAUAAUAGGAAGAGAUAUGAGCAAAUGGAUCAACAACGACAAGAAGAGAUGGAUGAGAGGAACAUGGCUAGGAAUACGACAGACAUGA